ACGUCAAUUUACGUUGCCACGCCGCGCCACUUCACGCUUGUCAGUUGAGAUGUCAGUUGAGCUAAAGUCUGCUGUUUGCUCGUGUCUGCGCUGCUUUGACUAAAUGGCCGCUUAACAGAAACCCUUAAACACCACCAAAUUGAAGCAAAGGAGUAAAAGAAGGACUUACAGAUAUGGGGGCCCUGAUAUCCCGAUGGAGGACAAAGCCAACCACAGUGGAGCAGCUGGAGAACCAUGAAAAGGAGAUUAAAGAGCUGGAGGAGUUCAGAGCCAAAAACCAGCGUCUGCAAAAGCUGUGGGUCGGCCAGUUAAUUUUCUACUCGUCGAUCCUCUACCUGCUGACCUCUCUGGUGGUGUACUGCCUCUACCUGCCUGAACAAUGGUUACAGAGAAUAGCCAUGGCCGUGCCUUUCUUCAUAUACCCCGUGCUGGUGUGGUUCAUCAGGAAGUUGUUGGUCUUUCUCUUUUCCAAACGCACUGAGAGAAACAACGAUAAACUGGAAGAACUAAAGGCUUCCAAAAAGAAGAUUCUGGAGGAAGUGAUGGAAAGAGAGACGUACAAAAACGCCAAACUCAUCCUGGAACGCUUUGAUCCUGAAGCUAAGAGGAAAGCUGAGCUUGAAUCGACUCCGGUGCGUCCUCAGAUGACUCCCAGACCAGGACAAGAGAUUCGACAGAGAGGCAUGCCAAUGAGACCCAUGCCAAUGGGAACCCCUGUUGGGAUGGCAAUGACUCCCCCACCUGGAGCACGGCUCCAAAAGGGACCAGGGGGGACACCUGUGGAACCUGUCCCUCUCUCAGCUCCAGGGGGACCGCCGGAGAGAUCUGCUCUGUCUGCCUCCGUCCUGCAGGGGACACCGCCCAGGACCCCAUACUCUCCCAUACCAGGAGUAGGCAUGCACCCACCCGGUCCUCCGUUAGCCAGACCCAUUCUGCCCAAAGACAGAGGCGCUGUGGACCGAGUCAUCGAGUACCUGGUAGGGGAUGGACCACAGAACAGAUACGCUUUGAUCUGCCAGCAGUGUUUCUCUCAUAACGGCAUGGCUCUGAAAGAAGAGUUUGAGUAUCUGGCCUUUCGUUGUGCGUACUGCUACUUCCUGAAUCCGGCCAGGAAGACCCGCCCUCAGGCUCCCAGACUUCCAGAGUUCAGCUACGAGAGGAGGCUGCGAGCCGAGUCACGAUCCCCCGGACCAGCACCUCGUUCUCCCACCGACACAGAGGAGAGUGCCCCCCCUUCUGGAGCUAAGACUCCGGCUCCGUGCAGUUUGGUCCAAAGCUUCCACAUCCAGCCGAGUCCAAAGAACCCUCAGAACCCUCAGAACCGACCUCAGCAGAGCCCAGAUGAGAGAGAGAUGACUGAGGAUGACAGACCCACUAAAGAAGAAGAGAUUGAGAGCCAAUCAGAAGAGCAGCAGCAGCCACAGGAGGAGGAGCAGCAGCAACAGGAGGAGGAAGAAGUAGAAGAAGAACAAGUGGUUCAGGAGGAGGAAGAGGUGAAAUCAGAGCAGAGUCACAGCGCCCCCUGUGAGACAGAGUCGUAGUUGCAGAGAGUCCAAACUAGAGGUGGUGUUAUUGGCCGUGACGGACAGGUGGCAUUUUAAAGCAAUAUACUUUAAUCUUUUGCUAACUUUUUUGAUCUAAAUGCACCUUUUUUUUCUCUGACAAAUCACCAUAAAGUAAAAUCCAAGCACGUAGAGGAGAUAAUGUAGCUGAUGCACUUGGUAAAUGGUGCAGAAUUAUGUAAAUCAUGUCAAAUCAUCCAACGAUAUUGCCUUAAAAUGACGCCAGCACAUCAUGGCCUUGACAGCUGCCUGAGAAGGUGUCAGAUUGAUGAUUGUAGUUUAAAUCUUAAGGCUGUUUCUCCGUAGAGCUGCUGAUAACGCUCUGUAUGUGGUGACUGUUUUAUUCACGUUUCAGUAUUCUAUAAUUUAAGGUUUGAAGUAGGUGGCUGCUGGAGGAUUUCUGAAAGAUAAGUUUAAGAUACAACCACUGCUUCACGACAUGUUUGUCCUCAAAUGUAGCAAAACAUGGACAUGUGAACAGUAUACUAUUCAGUUUUAAGGUACUGCUAUGUCUUUCUUCACCUCCCAAUUUCAAUCUCCUAAACAAGCUUUUAGCCAACUUUUAAGCAAGUUGGGCUAAUCAGUAAGAGCCUCAAAUAGAUUCAUUUAAAAGUGCUUCUUUAAUGAUUUUUUAGCAGCUUUUCCCAGAGAAUAUGUAUCUGAGAUAUUAGCAGUUUUUAAAGACAGUUAUUGUCUCAAGAUGGUCACUAACCAGAGGAAGCAGCUGCUGCAAGUCUAUCCCAGGACUGUUGUAUCCUCCCUGCCUUUGUUGUUGUCUGAGUUGCAUGCAUUGUAUGUACACCGACUUCUUUCAGCAACACAUUUUAAUUAGUGAUAUCGAAUGCCUCACUUAUUACUGCAGUUACACAGAACAAUACCUAAACACAGCCAUCAGCGGUGCAGCUGAAAGGACUUUUCUUUUAGCAGAGACGCAUGAGAGUAGAAACCAUUCUGUCCCUGCUGCUUUACCCGCUCCAUAGAUAGACACCGUAAACACAGCAGGUCUUUAUGAAGGUUUAUCUCUGAGUUAAAGGCGUCAGCGUUUAUGAGCAAUGCUAACAAUAUGUGUGAACAAACGUAAACAUUUAAAAGGUGGAAAAAAUGAACAGAGUGGAGUUCAAACUGUUGAUCUGGUUAUUGCCAGUAUUAUUUUGCCAAAUGCACAGCCGUUUUAUCUUGACUUCAUUUGCACUGAGUUGGACUUUGUAUUUAUUUGGCCGUAUUGUGUUCCGGUAUUUCUGCACUGUUUGAUUUAAAGCAUUUAGAGAUGCACUCUGCAAACGCCGUGGUACUGAAAACAAUAUUUAUAAGUCUGGUUUGGGUUCUCUAGAAAUGGUUGGAGUGUUUUGUUUUAUUCACUCUCCUUUUGCUCAUUUUAAGUGUUUUUAACAUGUGCACUUUUCGUCUGGUGCUGCAGUUAUUUUAGCAAGUUUACAGUGUAUCCUGCUGCUGUAGCGACACACACAUUUAUGAUUUUGGCAAGAAAAUCUGCAAAAAUAUAAGCAGAGAAAUGAGGGUCUAUGCAAAUAUAAAUAUGGAGACACACACGCUUAGUAGGCAAGAUAUUCAGUUUGGAUGCAAAAACAGAACAUACAACUCUGCUGAAUGUGUUGAGUUUGGGAUUCUGAUAAUAAUAUGUGUGUUUCUGCUCAGUUAUUAGGCUUGCAUUGUUUGGCCUUCUGAAUCUAAACAUGGUAGCAGAAGCGAUUUUGAUGAUUUGGAUUUUUGAGACCAUGAGAUGUUUUGAAUUGACCUGUGUUAAUAACCCUCUAAUCCCACUGCUGAUGAUGAAAUGUACUAAUCCUGAGCUGUCACUGUAUUUAUUAUCUAAGAAAACUGGUACGAUCCUGCUCCGUCUCCCGCACUGAGUGUAACACAUGUUUACUCCGUUGUUCCUCUGCUAGAUUUAUCAAUUAUCUUUCUGCCAACUGGUUGUCAUUAAGUGGGCGCAUUGCACGCCUAAUAAAAGUUUCGAACAACAAA